AUGGGCUGUGGUUCUCUCCGUGUGUUUCAGACGUGUGCUCUGACAGCUCAGACAGCUGAGACAGAUGCCAUCAGGUUUCUAGUGGGCACACAGUCACUCAGAUUUGAUAACCAGAUUCACAUCAUUGACUUUGAUGAUGAGAAUAAUAUGAUUAAUAAGAGCGUUCUCCUGCAUGACGCUGGUGAGAUCUGGCACAUCAACGGCAGUCCUGCAGACAAAUCAGUGCUGACCACCUGCUACAGCAAGACGUCUGAGAGUCGACGGCUCACAUGUGCUGCGGUGUGGAGGAUGCCCCCGGAAUGGGAAUCAGGCAGCCACGAGUCCCCCGAUGAUUCAUCAAACAACCCGCAGACCUUGGAGCUCCUCUGUCACCUUGACAACACGGCCCAUGGCAGCGUGGCCUGUGUAUUAUGGGAGCCCAUGGGUGAUGGGAAGCGUGUGAUAUCUCUGGCUGAAAACCACGUGCUGCUCUGGGACCUUCAGGAGAGCUCCACCAAGGCCACGAUCUCGAGCAGCACCACUCUGGAGGGUAAAGGGCAGCUGAGGUUCACAGCAGGCAAGUGAAGCACACAUCACAACAGCACACACACACAGCACACGGCCAUCCGAGGCUGGGACCUGCCGAGCAUGAGUCAGAUCUACUGCAUUGAAAGCGCUCAUGGGCAGCUGGUGCGAGACUUGGAUUUCAAACCCAACGAGCAGUAUUACCUGACCAUCUGCGGAGACGACUGUAAAGUCAAGUUCUGGGACGUGCGUCACAUCAACGAACCCGUCAAGUGUCUGGAGGAGCACUCUCACUGGGUGUGGAGUGUGAGGUACAAUCACUCUCACAACCAGCUGCUGCUCACCGGCAGCAGCGACAGCAGGGUCAUCCUGUCCAACAUGGUGUCCAUCUCCUCAGAGCCGCUCGGACACCUGGUGGACGACGACGAGCUCAGUGACAAUGAGGAGAGCCAUCAGGAAGAAAAGGUGAGGGAGCAAUUGCAAGUAACAAUAUAUAGUUUAGAUCAGAUCAGUUCAGUUAGCGUGUAUGCAGUGGAGUGGUCUGCUGCAAACCCUUGGCUGUUCGUCUCCCUCAGCUAUGACGGCUGGCUGGUGAUUAACAGAGUCCCUCAAGCCCUCAAGUACCGCAUCCUACUGUAGAGCAGGUGGGCAACUGAAUGAUGGAAAACAGGGACACCAAUGAUACUAUUCAAUAUUGAGUAAUGUGUAAAAAAUAACAGUUGGUCCCUCUCUUUU